AGCAGCGGAGUCUAUGUUUUAGAUCGCAUCGCCGCAGUGAGCCCCCGCAGACCUGCGGCAGUUAAAGCGCGCUGCCAGUCCUGUACUCUCACCGGACCCAGGGAACCGGACAGCUGGACUGUCGCGGUUUUCCCGUCAUCAGAGAGGCAAAAACGGGGAAAACCAGCUAUUGACUGGGAACCGGUGGGUCACCUGCACACCUAGCCGUACAUUACAUAUGAUAUGUUUUUACGGGUGACAGAACACCUGCCUGCCGUGCUCUCAGGGGUCUACAGCUCAGACAGUGCCCUGACGGACUGACGCGUAUUGCAUCGGCAAGUUCUCUGUUGUCGGACUCUACAAUCGAACCGUAAGAUACAGCGCAGCCUGUCAUAAAUUCAUCGAUGCUCAUCUAAAUGGGUCAUUAAUUCUUUAAAUGUAACUGAAGCGGUUUCGUCAGGAGAAGUAAAAGGAUGAUACAAGUGGGACAGCUGACAGAAACCUAUGCACUAAUGGGUACUUCUUAAUCUGAACACCGGUUGAUUAAACGAUACUUAAUGGGAGAGUCAAAUGUACACCAUCAAUCUAGACUUAGCAGAUUUCGUGCAAAACAACAGACCGGCUGGCAAGCAACAUCGCAACCCUUGAUCAAUGGGGUGCACCUUUCAAGAAAUAACUUGCCAAUUUCCAGCAACGUUAAAACGAUCUUCCUGCAGGAGCACCCAGUAUAACCAACUGAAGCGUCUCUUACACGCGCGUACUGAUGCGCCCAGCCAUUUAAGGAUUAAGCCUUGGAUAUUUCAUUUGAAUUUUGUGUUAUUUUUCUAGGUCGCCUUAUGUCUUUCAGUUCUCGCGGAUUUGCACAAUUGGCUUUUGUAUCUGGCGAAUCCUCGUGGCUUGUCUGUAGAACAGAAAUGGCAAAAACAGAUCAGUGAUCACGCCUUCAAAGACCGCCAUCCACUGGACCACUAUGGGGCCAUCCUGAGGGACAAAAUUUCAGGUGAACCUUCUGCGUGACUGGCAGAUAGGCCUGCUUUUUAUUUCGCUUUUCCAUUCCAGCAAAUUGAUGCUUAGCAGGAAGUAAUAAAAGGUACAACGAAAUGACGACCGAAAGCUCCACAAUAAAGAGCCGGAUAAAAAACCUUCUGCGCUCUCCGUCCAUUAAAUUGAGGAGGAAUAAAGCGGCAACCGGCAAGGAGAACCUCGGCAGUAAGGUGACACUGGAGAAAGUGCUGGGCAUCACCACAUCAGGAAGCAGUGGGCUGGCCUGUGAUCCACGCUCAGGGCUGGUUGCAUACCCUGCCGGGUGCGUAGUUGUAUUGCUCAACUUGAAGAAGACCAAACAGCAUCACAUUCUCAAUAGCUCCAGGAAAACAAUCACGGCUCUUGCAUUUUCUCCUGAUGGCAAGUACCUUGUUACUGGAGAGAGCGGGCAUAUGCCAGCAGUGCGUGUGUGGGAUGUGGCUGAACGCGCCCAGGUGUCUGAACUGCAGGAGCACAAGUAUGGUGUCGCCUGUGUGGCUUUCUCACCUAAUGGCAAAUACAUUGUCAGUGUGGGCUACCAGCAUGACAUGAUUGUCAAUGUAUGGUCCUGGAAGAAAAAUGUGGUGGUGGCAGCCAACAAAGUUUCCAGCAAAGUGACCGCUGUGUCCUUUUCUGAAGACAGCUCCUAUUUUGUCACUGUUGGCAACCGGCACGUCAAGUUUUGGUACCUGGAACAUGCCAAGUCAUCUAAGGUGACUUCCACAGUGCCCCUACAGGGUCGGUCCGGCCUCUUAGGUGAACUGCGCAAUAAUUUCUUCAGUGAUGUGGCCUGUGGACGAGGACGCAAGGCGGGCAGCACUUUCUGUAUCACUUCUUCUGGUCUACUAUGUGAAUUCAAUGACAAGCGAUUGCUGGACAAGUGGGUUGAACUCCGGAACACAGACAGUAUCACAACAUCAAUGGCAACUUCCCUUUCAGUGAGUGAAGAGCUGAUAUUCUGUGGAUGUGCCGAUGGAACAGUGCGUGCCUUCAAUCCAGUGAAUCUUCACUUCAUCUGCACACUUCCAAGGCCACAUAGGCUAGGUGUGGAUAUUGCUACAGUAACAGAUGCCAGUCAUCUGUUCUGCACCCAGGCAGAUGCCCGCUUUCCAGAUGUGUUGGCAGUGACCUAUGACUCCACAAACCGGUGGCUGUCAUGUAUUUACAAUGAUCACAGUCUCUAUGCCUGGGAUGUCAGGGAUCCCCGGAAAGUAGGCAAGGUCUACUCGGCUCUCUACCAUGCAGCUUGUGUCUGGAGUAUUGAGGUGUACCCUGAACUACCUGAUAGUAGUCAAUCCCGGUUGCCCCCUGGCUCAAUUCUUACCUGCUCUGCAGAUAACACAGUCAGGCUGUGGGACCUGGACAACCACAGUACAAUGCUGACCCGCAAUGUCAUCAGCAAUGAUCUCUUGAAGAUCAUCUACAUGGACAACAAUACCUCAUUCCUGCUCGACACUGAGUGUAAUGCUGGAAGUGCCUCAGAGAAGGCUGAGUCCCAGACUGCUGAUAUCAAAGCUGGAAUACGCACUUUAUGCAUAAGGCCUGAUGGACAACAUUUAGCAUCUGGGGACAGGACUGGCAUCUUGAGGGUUCAUGAUUUGAAGACCAUGGAAGAGAUUCUUAAGGUUGAGGCCCAUGACUCAGAAAUACUCUGUCUGGAGUACUCAAAGCCUGACACAGGUCUCAACCUUUUGGCAACUGCAAGUCGAGAUCGUCUCAUCCACGUCCUGGAUGCUGGGAAUGAGUACAGCUUGUUACAGACACUUGAUGAGCAUUCCUCAUCCAUAACAGCAGUCAAGUUUGCUGCCAAUGAAGGCAAAGUCAGAAUGAUCAGCUGUGGUGCAGACAAGAGCAUCUAUUUCCGCACAGCACAGAAGAACAUUGAGGGCACAGAGUUCACACGGACUCAUCACAUUGUUCGUAAGACAACACUGUAUGACAUGGAUGUGGACCCCACAUGCAAGUAUGCAGCCAUUGGCUGUCAGGACCGCAGCAUCAGGAUAUUCAACCUUAGCAGUGGCAAGCAGAAGAAGCUAUAUAAAGGAUCUCAGGGAGAGGACGGGACCCUCAUCAAGGUUCAGACUGAUCCCUCUGGGCUGUACAUUGCUACCAGCUGUUCAGACAAGAAUAUUAGCAUUUUUGACUUCUAUUCAGGAGAGUGUGUGGCCACUAUGUUUGGACAUUCUGAAAUUGUCACGGGAAUGAAGUUCACCAAUGACUGCAAACACCUGGUUUCUGUCUCAGGAGACAGCUGUAUUUUUAUCUGGCGCUUGAACCCAGAGCUCACCAUCAACAUGAGACAAAGACUUUCAGAGUUAAAGCAGAAAAGCAAAGCAUCCCAAAAGAUGUCUCCACGACGGCAUUCUGCAUUUAGGCAAGAGAUCUACAAUAUGCCCCCAACUGUAACAAUGUCAUCAGAUAGUGACAAGGAAGCAGAAGAUGAUAUACUAGAAGAAGACGAAAGCCUUGAAAAAGGGUUACCAUAUAUAUCUAAUUCUGACAAAUUGGAAGAAUCAGGUUUGAUAGAAGAAAACCAGGAUACAUGGACUGUUCAUCCAUGGGGGCAGAAGAAGGGUCCUUUACUGGGGGAUACUAGGCAUUCAGAAGAACUUGUGAUUGAAGACCCCCCACGACAGAGGAGGCGUUGGUCUCAUCGCAUGGGCGGCAUGCAGCUCACAGUAAAGUCAAUGUUGGACCUAAGGCAGCUUGACUCACUAGCCCUAUCACAGUCUAAGCAUCAGCAGGAUAUAGGAAGCAGCACCAUAAGUCUACAGGCUCUAGUAAGCGAGAUGUCAAAGCCCACAGUGAGCUGCCCACAAAAAUAUCCUCGCCCUCAUACAAUCCAACUGACCCCAUAUGGAGAUGGAGGUGUAGACCUACCAAGUCCUGACAGAGAAGGACCGGUGCUAUACCCUGAGUGUAUGGAGGACACAGUUAGUUUAUCUGGAAGUGAAUAUCAAGUGAAAGAGCUGCCCCUGGGAAAGUUGGGAAGGGCUUAUCAUUGCCAUGACAAGCACAGCCCAGAUAGUGCAUGUUCUAUGGAUUACUCAAGCAGUCGUCUGUCCAGCCCAGAUCGGCCUAAAGAAGACUCCGAAGUGACAGAACCUCUCAGUAUGGAUGGCAACUCUUCAGAACUGGAAGGAGAGGAGUUAGAAGAGGAAGAUGAGGAACAAGAGGAUUGUGAGGGUUCUCUCACAGAGGGUGUGGUUCCAUCUACCCCUGAUCAGGAAACCUUUCUGAAACAACAUUUUGAGACACUAGACUGCCAGAGCAGUGCAGAGGGCCAAAGUAAAACCAUGUGCGGUACAGAGAGUGUUAGCAUAUCCUCCCGAUUCCUGUCACAGACUUCAUCUAACAGGAGUACACCUUUUCCUUCCCCCACCAAAGGGGCCAACACCACUGGAAGCCCUCCAGUUUCAGAGGUGCGGCCAAUCAUGGAGGAUGAACUCAAAAAGCCAAAAGAAAGCUGUCUGGCAGAGAUCACAACAGUCCAGCCUUUGGAAAAACCACAGGCAGCCCGUUUGCCAUUUGCAUUAAGGAAGAGGAAUCCCAUCAGUGAGACUCGCCGAAGCACUGGAACGGCUGGGAAACCAUCAGGCUAUUCAACUGGGGGUCAAAGUAUAGCUGUUGCUCAGUGCAUAAGGAAGGCUCAAUCUGUGCAUGAUCUAGUGAUGGGCGCUGACCAAACAAUGUCUGCUACCAUUGCUGUCAAGGAGGUCCAAUCUGUGGCAGGACAGUCAUCUGAAAAAGAAGGAAAGCCAAGCCAAAGGCGUGCCAUGGGAGCUGGGCCCACUUCCCCUCAAUUCAGAGAUGGCUCCAGGACUGCAAAAACACGCUCUUACAUGAAUCCAACAACCAGCUCUAUGGCCAAGAUGUCCCGUUCAGUGUCCAUGGGAGACAAUCUAAACCUGACUGAAUCUGAGGAGACACUGAGCAUGCCUUCUAACGAGAAUGGUAGCGACCUUAGAAGAGCCUCAGUAGACACUUUGAAUGGAACUUGUAAAACAAUCCCUUCUGACAAGCCGAAGCAGACAGUAGUGCUGUCUUGCCCCAUCAUCUCCCUCCCCAAAGUGGCAGUCACACCGACAAUCAGUGCAAGUUUGAAUCCCCAAAAGAACUUACAAACCAAGCUGCCUUCUUCAGGAAAUGGGAAACCUCACUUGAGUCUGGACAUUGGCCAGCCUCUGCCAGACAAACCCUCAUUUGCCUCUUUCUCUCCAAGCUCAAAGGGUAAGAUGUUUAUAGAGGAGAUGGAAGCCCCCAGUGUCUCUCCCCAAGGAAAGCAGACAUCAGUGUUUGAGGAGUUGGUACACAAGAACCAGGAAGAGCAGAGCACAACUUCACAUUCUGCUGCAGGCAAGACUGAACUGCCUUCUGAGGAGUUUUUCGAAGCUCAUAAAGACACCUCCACCCAGGAGCUCAUCCCCAGACCUCCAUAUCCAUUGCCCUCAUUGGACACAGGUUUGAGCAGGCGCAUGCCCUCCUUCACUCUUCUGUCAGCCUGCAUGGCACCUCACUGCCUGGCUGUUCCACUGCUUUUCUUCUCUUCAAGUUUUUGGCCUGUCUCUUCCGCCGUUCACUGCUUCCUCUGUUCAUCCAUAGUCCGUUCUUCUCUGCUGGCAGCCUCAGCAGUCAGUGUGGAGAACUGCAGACUAGUGGCUACUGACCUACAGAGAAGUCUGCACCGAGCCAUGAGCCUCUACAGAACAGUACGAAGUAACAGUAGGGAGUCAAGCCCAGAGAAACAGGAGAUAGUGGAAAUUCUGUCUCAGACGUUCUCUGCUAUGCGCACAGAGCUGGACUCUGUGGAUGAGCCUCCACAAAUCAACCAUAGGGCCCUACAGGAUGGUGAGCGCACCUUGGCCCUACUGGAGCAGUACUCUGAGCUUCUGCUGCAGGCUGUAGAGCGACGACUGGAUCACAAAUCCUGACUACUGGAGACACUUGCUGUUUGAAUCUGCUGUUGGAUAACGUGAGAGCAUAUGCAUUUACUCCUGCCAGAUCUUCAUUCCUAGCCAGCUAUCCUAACCUGGGCUGAAUACUGACAUCUGCUGUCCAGUUGGAAGACCUGGUCAUUGGGCAAUUGAUUUCAAAAUUGUGGGCUGAAUCUAAGCAGUUCUUGCAACUGUGCUAGGAAUUGUUUGUCCAAAGAGAUCCUUGUAAUAGAGAGCAGUGAUCUAAGAAAACAGAACUACAGAAGUGAAGUCUUCAGGUUAAAAUAGGCAGGCAGAAGAGAAGCUGAUAAAAGACAACCCGUUGGGAGAGGAGGUGUGCGCGAGAGUAAUUACAAAGAACGCGGAUCAAGAAUUUGUGUCACCUGCUGGUGAUCCUCGGGGCCUCACAAGGGAAAUGUCUUUCUAUUGAAAUGGAAUACAGGAGAAAAGCUUAAGAAUCCAUGUUAGAGUGAACAUGAGUGCCGCACCAAAUGCACAAAACUUCACCUGGAGCUGCGGACAGUACAGGAGGCUGCAGAAGUUCAGUGUUAGUGUUGUGUUGUCUUUGGACUGUGUUGGGAUGGCUCAUAUGGCCAUCAGGCAGGCCUACAGAGCCAAUGACGGGGCAUCUGAAAGAACAAGAACCAGCUGUAUAAAUCCACAAACAGUCCUCAUUUCACCGUUGAAGAUGACAGGAAUUUUUUUAACAUAAAUUAAUAUUUUUAACUGUACGUCUUUUUUAACUGGUGUCAUUUGUACAUUAUUUUAAUAGAUGAUGUUUUUUCUAUUGAGUAACAAGAGGUGCUGCUUAGCCUGCUUUGUGUCUACAUUGCUAUAUACAGUAGACAUUGCAGAGCUGACACAGAGUGAAAACUAGCCAGGGUCAGAGCUGGACUCUCCUAUGCCUGCUAGCUGCCAGCAGGUGGUGUGGGGCAGACAAGCUACCUCUGUGAGACACCUUUACUGGCUGCAAGUGUACAAGAUUACCCAUGAUGAACUACUCUAACAACACCAGAGAUCUGAAGGAUUGACAAUUUGAACCAACUGCCAUCUUUUUCUACUUUUCAUUGGAUCCAUUUUUUUUGAUGGGUCACCAAUCAGGACUUUAUAUGUCAAAGUAUUGUUCACCUGGCAUGGCUUGGCUCCCUGAGAACUUCAGUCUUAAUGAAAUUUGAAAAUGGAGCAAAGUAUUUCUGCUAGUGUUCCCUAGUGGUGGGAUACGUGAAAAGGUAUUUGCCACAGCUGCUGCAGGAUGGAUCCUAAUAUGAGAAAAACUGGUUCUUAGCAAAAUAAACCCCCUAGAUUUGGUAAUUUAUUCUUCAAAUAUAAUGUUUAGGAUAAUAUUUCACAAGACAGAGAUAGUGUAGCAGGGUGAUUUUUUCACUUGCAAGGUCAGUGCUCUAAAUUACAGAAAAAGCUGUUUAUUGGGUCUGCCAUUCACAUAAUGUUCCCAGCCACCAGCACUCCAGAAAAAGUGCCACUUACAACUGCACAGUCUGCUCUCACCCUGUUUUCAUGUAUUUGUCCUUAGGAAGUCCACAGAUGUUCUAUAAAUGAAUCUCUCAACUACACAUUUUUAGGAGAGGUUGAGAUGCUGUAGGGAAGCCUGAAGCCUAGUAAAAUAUUAACAUUUUUCUAAUAGUAAAAUCCUAGUAAAAUAACAUUGUCCUUGCCUUAAAAAAGAUGAUAAAAUAUGACCUCCUCCUUGCUUCAUUUAUCAUUUCUUCUCAUAGAAACAUUUAAAGAUAUUUUUUUUAAGUCAGCCAACCCUUUCAAGACUUUAUUAGCAUGUGAUAAAAAAAUUAACUUCCUCCCUUCUUUGGCAAAAUCCAUCCAUCCAUUUUCUGUUCAAUUUAUCCAGUGUGGGAGAGCCAGUGCCUGUUCUGGGAGCAUUAAGUAUAAGACAGGAACCAAAACAAGGUGGAGCACCAGUCAGUCACAGGACACACUCAUUCAGACUGCGCCAUUUUAGGUUUAGCAAUUACUUUUUACCUGCAUGUCUGUGGCAGAAUAACGUAAUGAACUUCUCUAAGCAAAGUGUUUCAAGAAUUCUGCUCUCCACUAAAUAAGUAGAGUGCCCGCAACAGCUUUGCUUGCAGUAAUGCAGGCAUGGGUAAGCAAAAUCCAACCGUUGGAUAAAAUGUCUGCUUGUAGACUUCCACUACGUCUGUUUUUGGUGAGAUGGUUGUGUAUAUGCAGACUAAAAUGGGAAAUCAGCAAGCCACACUUCCAGUGUUUGAACUUUAAGCUUCCAUUUGCCUCAGACGUCAAGAGUGAAAUUAUACACAAAAGCUACUUUGAAGAGUUUACAGCAUAAGAUUUUCUACUCAGUGUCUGAAAACAACUAAACCAGCUUUCAUACACAUAAAUGUUACUCUUAAGUGCAGGUAAGUAUUCAUUAACACUAGUAGCUAAGCCACCUGUGUUCCUUACUGUUAAAUACUGGCAAUAAGCAGAGUGAAACACCUGCUGUCAUGUUCACAUUUCUAGUUUAAUUUUACCCCAAAGUACUUGACAGGUCAUAAUUCCUUUAAGAAGGCUCAACAAGUUGUCUGGAUCAUGUUUGUUUUUCCUUUGUUCCAGCCAUUGCAGUUUUAUAUAAUAAUUAUAUUCCACCUACAGAAGUCAAAAUGAUAAAACAUUCACUGUGUUUCCACCUUUUAGGAAGGCUGUCGCUGAGAAGAAUGUCUAUAAAGAUCAAGCAGGUGAACCAAUAACGCUCUUCUUUAAAAUCUCCCGACAUGUAAACAACUGAUUCAGGCUGUAUGACUUGUAAGGGCAGGAGGACCUCCAAGCAAUGGCAAGGGCCAUGUCCUAUUUCUGUUUUAAAAGCCUCAGCUUCAGUGUCUGCCUGUAUUACAAACCAAAAAAAGGUCAGAGAAAGGGCCACCAAAGAAUCCAUAUACUCAAACCUCGUUAAACCAUCUCAGGGCUAUGGGAGGUUAGAGCCUUUUCUAUGAGUGGUGGGCACUAGGCAGAAAGCAACCUUGGACAGAUCAUCAGUCCAUCAUAAAGCCCAUUCAUUCCUUCCAAUGAAUCAUAAAAACAAAUUUUAAAUAUAAGUUGAUGAAAGAUGUUUCUCACUGCUGCAAAGUGAGAAAUUCUGUGGAGAGACAUGCAACAUAGCAUAAAAAAAAACUUUUAUUCAGCCACCAUUUUCCAACCUGCAUGAUCCAUUUUGCAGUUGUAUAUGACCCAGAAGCAAUCCAGGCAGUACUAGUGGUAAUUCAGGAAGGGGUGUCAGAUCACCUCAGAGUACAAUGCCACACAUACCCCCACCCACAAUUACUAUGAGGCCAAUUUAGAUUAACCAGUUAACCUAAAACACAUAUACUUGGUGUGUGGAAGGACACCUGAUGUUUCUGGGACCACAGACCAGACCCCAAACUGGAAUCAUGUAUCCUGGAGCAGUGAGGCAGCAGCACUAGCCAAUGUGCAAACCAUAAGAGAAACCACCAAGAAAAUAUAAAAUAAUUCAUUUGCAAGCCUUGCUCAUGCUAAGUAGUAACAAAGGAUUUCAGAUGCAUCAGAAGAGUUGCAAAAGAGGCCCACCUGCUUCUUGCCUUUUGUUUAUCGCUCUACAUGUUUGCAUGAGAAGGGCUUCAGAAUGUGCUAUGGAUCCCCAGCUUCAGGUCAUCAGAAACAUACUUGUAGGAUGUCUUUAUGCUGAUCCUUUGGUUAAAGACUGAUGCUUAUUUUGUAUUUUUUUAUUGUGUAAAUGCUCAGCAAUGACCAGCAGUCCCAAUGGCAUGUGCUAAAGGGACGUGCUGCUCUUGUGUCAAGGGCGUCAAAGCCAUAUGCUUGCUUGUGCACUUUUAAAUGCAUGAGAGCCAUGCAUGGGAAGAGCAGCACAUGUAGGCCCACUGCAUGUGCCCUUUGCACAGGGGGUAUCGGUAAAGGGCUUUGGGUUAGCAGAUUCUUUGUUACAAUUUAUCCUUUUUGGUGUUGCUGAAACCAAUCUUGUGUUAAUUUGGCCGUCAGCCUGAGAAUUUGACCAGUUUUUGUAAUGUUUGUACCUUAUAGUGUUUGUACUGUACAACUCACUGUACACAAAUGAAAUAAAAAUGACUAUUUAUUAAGGCCUGUA